UAGAAUGCAUUUCUCAAACUGAAGGAAAACGUAAACUUCCAUUUUCAUAAGUUUAUUUCUUAAUUUUUACCUAUGAAUUUUGGUGACGUAAACAGUAUACUAGCAUUUUGUAUAGCCUGACAAUGCAGUUAAACAUGGCAAAGUCACAUUUUGUUGGGUUUGCUAUGUGCAUAAAAACUAUUGUUAGAAUGUACAAUACACAUGCAAACUGACACAACCUGUUCUAACAUUCAAAGUUCUUCCUCCUUUAACUUCUGACAAAACUGGUUUGGCCGCCCCACAUAUCCUCAGACAUACUUCAGAGUUAUAUCCUAGAAGCGGAGAGCUUUCAUAGAGGUCUUCAUGCAACUCUUUCUAAUAUGACUCUAACGGCCACUGAUUACACAUUGAAAUCUGUGCAUUUACUACUAGUGAUUCUUGUAACACUUUUAGUAAUAUUAGGGUAUAGUUACCUAAAUGAAACAUCUCAAAGGAUAAAGUUACAGCAAGAGGUUAUAAUCCUGGAAAGACAGUUUCAGUCUGUAACAAGUGAUAGAUUGGCUAUGCAAAAAUAUUUGAAAGCACAACUGGAUCAAAAAGCAAGUGAGAUGAGUAAACGCCAAAAAAUUCAUGAUUUCCAAGCAGAGCAACAAAGUGCAAAUUUCAUGACUGAGAAGAACGAACUGGUAGCUACAAUUUCAUCAAAAGAUAGAAUAAUUGAGGAUCUGAAAGAUCAACUAAUGAUUGAAAAGGAACACUUUGAAAAACUCCAGUCAGAAAUGCAACAAUUUAAAAAUAACCAAUCUAGAUUGCUGGAAAAAAUCUCCAUCCAGUCGACUCAAUGUAUGAAUGUCAUCAGUAUGAUGAAGGAGCUCUGUUUUGAAAGAAAGAGAAUAAAAAUAGGAAAUGUGUCAAACUCCCUGGAAAAAAAAGAAAUUACAACAGCCUCACCUUCUACAGCAAAGCAAAUUCAAGACAUAACCAUGAACCCACAUUCCACAAAUAUUUAUAAUGCCACUCAGCAGCUGAACUUAACCCAAGAAAGGAUCAACAACUUAAUCCAAAAUAACGGUGAAAAUAAAUAUGUUUCCACCGUUGCUCAGUUUGGCACUAGUGCAGAUAUGUCUUUGUCACUUGGAAAUAGAAGUCAAGAAAUCUACCGGAUUUUCAAGAAGGAACUACAGUUCUUAAAGAGAGAAACUGACAAAACAAAGAAAGCUGAGAAAGAGAGUGUACAAAAAAUAAGAGAAACAUUGGCAAACAAAGACUAUGCUACAAAUGCACUCAUGGAAAAAAUACACAUUACUGAAAAAACAACACAAAAGAUAGAAAACUAUGAGACACCAGGGGUAGAAGCUAACAAUGAAGUGCUCAAUGAGCAGGAAGAUCAAAUGGAAGAAGAUACAGUCACAGAUAAAAUGAAUGGUGCAGAAGAGAACAGAUCAUUAAAGAGAGAAAUUGAUGACUUUCAUAACGUAGAAGACAAUAAAUGGGUUGGAAGAAUUGAAAAGGAAAAAAGUGAUGUAACAAUGGAUGAAACACACGGUCCAGGAAAGAAUAUAAAAUAAUAUUUAAGUCAGAAGUUGAUAUUUUGGAGGUAAAAGACAAUAAUAAAUGGGUUAGUGCACAGGAAAUAAGAAAAGAGUACAACCACAGAGAAAAUUAAUGGAAUAACAAAGGAGGAAAUAAUGAUGCCAGAAAUAAAUAUCCCAGAGGUAGACAACAACAAUGAAUUGUUUGGUGGGACAAAAUACAUGACAUAAAGCACAUAAAAGGCCAUAAAAUUAUUAUAAGGACAGGGGAAAGUAUACAGACAAAUUCAAAAUAAUGAAAAUUCUUAAAGCCUACAGGAAAAAGAAAAGGUCAAUAACACCAAAUCAAAAAAAUAAACCAUUGAUCAAGAAAAAAAAAGUUACAUUUGGAUUCAAGAACAACACAGAAACCUAAAGUGUAUACAUUUGUACUUAGACAAUAAAGAAAAGGUUGACUAUGUAAAAGUUAUGAACAGAAGAUAAGGUUCAUGACAAAAACACAAUUUUCAGUCUUUCUAAAGAAUACAUUUUCUGAAAAGGGGAUAGAAAUGAAACACCACUAAUAUAACAGGCUGAAAAAGAAACAGAAGACAUGCCAGCAAAUAGGACACUUAAGGAAUUACACAAUUAAGGAACUUGUACUGGUACUGGCAUGUAACAAUCAUGGCAUGUAACAAUCAUGGUCGCAGGGGCAAAAUGUAGGGUUUUCAACAAACAUUGAAUUGUGAUUUUGAAAUUCAUAUUGACAUGUAAAACCAAAAGGCAAAUAACAAAGGCUUUCAUGUU